AUGAUGGAUUUGGAAAUAGUGAUAGAUCAUGAGUACAAAGACUUUGCAGUUCAAGAAUUGAUUGAACAAUUUGAUGAGUUUGAGUAAUAAACUGAAAAAUAUCAUCUUUACAUGAACAGAGGAUUCCGUCGGGAAAUGCUAGAUAGAUACUAGAUUUUGAACAACCAUUAUGCAAUUUUUGAUGGUCAUGGUUCUUCCCAUGUGGCCGAUUAUUUGACUUAGAAUUUAUUAUAGAAAAUCUAAAAUGAGAUGUCAGAUCAAGAUUACAAAUAAUUAUUUAAGGAGACUGACAGCAAUUUGAGUCAGUAUACACAAUCAGGAUCAGUUGCCAUCCUGUUAUCUAUUUAAAAUAAAACUGUUACAAUUACAAAUUUAGGGGAUUGCAAGGCAGUUGUAUUCAGAGAAGAUUCUCACCAAUAGUUAAACUCCAUCCAUAUUCCUCAAUCAAAGGAAGAAAAUUAAAGAAUUCAUAAAUAAGGAGGUUUAAUCACAAAGAGACAAAAUAUAUGUAGAGUUUCUGGUUAGUUGACGGUGACUAGAUCUUUCGGAGACUUUCAUCUUAAGAAGUUUGUAAUCAGCGAGCCUGAGAUCUCAAAAUAUCAAAUUAAAGACAACGAUAGAUACAUAGUAAUGGCAAGUGAUGGAUUUUGGAAUGAACUUUCUGAAACUGCCAUUCAACAAAUUUUGUAGAAGGUGGACCCAUCAAAAAAUGUUGCCAAAUAGUUAUAUUAAUCAAUCGAGAACGAUUACAUUAGAGACAACGUAACCAUAAUGGUAUUCCCAUUAUGAUUUCUGAUCAUUGUAUCUGCAUCUCUAUCUUAUUCUUAAUUAAUUUU